UCAGUUCGGAUGGGAAUUGAUGAUGAGGAAGAACCUGGUACGAGUAUUAUUGAUAAAGCUGUGGUGAGAGAUAGAGAUUGCCGGGAGAAUAUGUACAAAGUGUUGGGACAUGACAUCUUUUUGGAUGUGAAGAAAGUUCACGUCGUACCAAAAUGGAUUAGCGGGGGAGAAACGUUUGCAUCUGAAUUAAGGAGUGAAGGUUGUGCAGAUUUGAAUGUUAUUAAGAGUUUGCAUCCUUUACUUUUGGAUCGCAUCAAAGAGCACUUGAAACAGUGGUACCCUGUGCAGCAUGCGACUCUUCCGUAUCUUGUCGCUGCAACUAACGCUUGCUCAAUUUUACCGCCUAGAGAUUUAGUGAUAAGUGCUCCAACAGGUAGUGGCAAAACAUUGUGUUAUGUGAUUCCAAUUUUGAAUGCUUUGCGAACAAUAUCUGCCAUGGAUCAUUCUAUUUUCGCUUUAAUCAUAGCACCAGUGCAAAAUCUUGUCGAACAGAUAGAGAAGGCUUGUGCUUUAUUAUUUUCAUAUAUAGGAGCAAUAAUGACCAUGGAAUUUAAAAAAUAUAAUGUUUUCAAUGUUCCUAUCGUUUCACUUUGUGGAAAUCAUGAUAUUAAUGCAGAGAGAUAUCAACUAAAAAAUGCGAAAAUAGCGAUAGCUACGCCGGGUCGUUUAAUGGAACACAUAACGAAUAUGGAUUUCCAUGUAAAUUUCGCAUACUUACGAUAUUUAGUAGUUGAUGAAGCAGAUCGAAUGUCGCAUAUAGCUCGUAUUGAAUGGCUUAGUGAUCUUGAAGCUGUUGCCAGAUAUGACCAGACUUGCGCUACGGUUGAUGAUCUUUAUAAUGGAAAUUUUCUGCAAAAAAUACUUGUGUCUGCAACAUUGUCAUUAGAUAUUGAAGAUCUUCGUGAAUGGGGCCUUCGACAUCCUCGUUUAUUUAAGGCAGCUAAAGGGGAUAUAGUUGUGACUGGCGAGUCUGCUGCUAAUGAUGUUAUCGUUCCAUCUUCUUUGAAGAUUGAAUAUAUCAUGUGUGAUAAUAAAUUGAAGCCCCUGGCAACGUAUGAACGAAUUGAACGGCGAAAAUCAUGGAAAAGAGUUCUAAUAUUCGUUAAUAGCAAAAUGGCCAGUUUCCGACUUUCGUUAGUAUUAAAGAUGCUAAGUGGCAAUAGAUAUCAAGUUGAAGAAUUUUCUUCUAACCUUUUCGGUAAUCGUCGAAAGAAAAUUUUGGCGAGGUUCAGGAAAGGGACCACUAGAGUUCUUAUUUCGAGCGAUGUAAUGUCCCGUGGGAUCGACGUUGAAGAUAUAGAUGUCGUGAUCAAUUAUGACAAGCCAUUAAACGCGAGAUUGUUUGUACAUCGAGUGGGACGAACAGCAAGAUGUGGAAAAAAAGGAAUAGCCAUUUCUAUUAUUACUCCUAAAGAAGUAAUGGUUUUUAUUGAUGCUUUGCAGAUCUCAAAUUGUUGUCAAAUUAAUGUAUCUUUGCCUUUUGUGACGUUGAAAUUUUUUUGUGAACUGGGUAUUAAAUAUUGCACGCAUAUUUUUCAGAAAAAGGAUUUUCAAAAAAUUCUACAGGAAGUUUGUUUUACCGGAGAAGUGAAGGAGAAGAAAUUUGAUGGAGUAAAGCAUGCUGAGACCGAGGAAUUGUAUCGAAAAGCUUUACUCAAUUUAAAGGAAACUUUGCAAAGUGCACAAAAGGUAUUUUUAUAG